AUCCAGCCAAGCCAACAGCACUCUCGCACUCUUUCCCGUCUCAACGGAACUCUCGAAAAGGAGAAGGAAAGGGAAAAUAGAAACCCGUUUCUUUCUCGAGAAAUCUUAUAUAUUUUCUGGGAAAAUAGUAGAACGGGAAGGUUUCUUCUAUCGAUUUUUUCCCUGCUCGAUUGUGUAACAGGGAAGCAGUGAAGGUGAUGGCCGCAUAUAGAGCUGAAGAUGACUACGAUUACUUGUUCAAGGUGGUUUUAAUUGGAGAUUCGGGUGUGGGGAAGUCGAAUUUGCUUUCGAGGUUCACGCGAAACGAGUUCAGUCUCGAGUCCAAGUCUACGAUCGGGGUGGAGUUUGCCACCCGGAGUUUGAAUGUGGACGGCAAAGUCAUCAAGGCUCAGAUUUGGGACACGGCGGGACAAGAAAGGUACCGGGCCAUCACUAGUGCUUACUACCGAGGAGCAGUUGGUGCACUGCUUGUGUAUGAUGUCACUCGACAUUCUACUUUUGAGAAUGUUGAGAGGUGGUUAAAGGAGUUGAGGGACCAUACCGACCCCAACAUUGUUGUCAUGCUCAUUGGAAACAAGUCUGACCUCCGUCAUCUUGUGGCCGUCUCUACCGACGAUGGAAAAUCCUUUGCUGAGAGGGAAUCACUCUACUUCAUGGAGACCUCUGCGUUGGAAGCAACCAAUGUGGACAAUGCAUUUGCGGAAGUCCUGACUCAGAUCUACCGUAUUGUGAGCAAAAAAGCAGUGGAGACAGGCGAUGAGGGAGCUGCAUCAACCAUUCCCAGCAAAGGAGAGAGAAUAAAUAUCAAGGAUGAUGUGUCAGCACUGAAGAGAGUCGGAUGCUGCUCGAGUUAAGGCUUGUGAAAUUGAGGUCUGUGUUAAGGAAUGUUACUGGGUGUUCUGCCACGAUCACUGUUUCUGUGUAAACCAUGGAUUUAUUUGUGUAAUAUUUUCAGGGAUUCCAACCGGGGGAAGAGAGCAGGAAGCAAUCUUUUUAAGACUUGUAUUUGUUUUCAUGAACGAGAGGUUGAGUUUCAGUAGGAUUAGUGUGUUACAUUUAUUGUUCCAUUUAAAUCAUGGAUGGAAGCACAAAUUAGCACGAAAUCUGCUUGGUUAUAUUGUUGUUGUUAAUACCUUUCCACGAAGGUGGAGGGCUAGUUGUUUAUUUGGUCUAGUUUCGAUCUGAAAUAGUAUCACCUGCAUUCUUCUC